AUGGCGCCUAAUGAAGCCCAAACAGCAGCUACUCAGAUCGAUAAUUAUUUGGACGUCGCGAUGUUUACCCUGGUCUUUCACGAUUAUCUCAUCAACUUUUCCGAUGAGGUCUCUUUAACUAAAACAUCACCUUUCGUGGCGCUGGCUCAGCUAAAUCUGAUCUGGCAUAUAGUCAAGAAGUAUCCCAAAGCUCUCAAUCGGGCUCUUUGCUUGGGUAAGGCAUAUGUUAGGCAUAUGAUGUCCAUUCGUCCCAUGGGAGGAUUCACGCAAAUAUUAAUUCGCAUUGGCCCUCCAAAGCUACGUUACGGAGGCUUGUUGUACGCAUUAUUUGCGGCCUUACCGCAUGCAGGAGUAGCAUCGCAUCAACUAGGCCUCGUCGACAUUAUUCUCGAGUACAUGAUACUUGACUUCUGUCUGUUUCUUUCUUUGGAAUGGAUGAUGACAGCGAGGGUCUGUGCUAUGUACGGGCACUCCAAGAAGGCGCAACACUUUCUUCUCUUUUGCCUCCUCUUGGAACAAGUGAUGUGUGCAGUACCGACCAUAACAUUCAUGCGAGGCGUGAGUUUCGAUGCUGUACAAGGAUUAGUGCCCGGCAGGAGCACCUGCGUUUUUGAACCCACCAUGCUCGACAUUGCGCAGGCUGACGCGGCCAAUGUCGCCUGCAUGCUCUAUCAAUUCUUCCUCUUCUUAAUGGUUGCCUUUUCACUUAAGAGACAUAUCAAAGAACAAGCCGGUAUGAAGGUAUGGUCUACAAAAGAGUUCUACACGCUCCUUGUCCAAGAACAUGUUCUCUACUUUAUUUUUGGAAGCAUGCUGGUGGCGGAGUUAUUUGGGAUAGUCUCGUUUGAGGAACCUUCGAUAUCCUCGGCCACCCAGG